CUAGCUAGUAACUUUGAGUGUUUAUGAAAUAUUCGACAUUUGUUGUUUACAGAUAAGGACAGAAUGGCAGUAGAAGCUUCAGGCUGGCCAGGAACUAAUUCCACGUGACUUGCUUCAAGGAGAUAAGUGCUUAGGUAAGAUACCUGCCUCUGCUGCAGGGUCGAACCUCUCACCGAAUAUCACACGACAGCCUACCUAAGUACCAAACUCCUCACUCUCCUGGCUCCUGAUGAUUCCAGGCAUAGCCGCAAUCGACUUUUUCUUCAGAAAAUAGGUGUUGAACUGCAUGCAAACUCCACCUGCUGUUGAGGGUUCUGCUACUUCAAACACAUAACCUGAACCUUGGCUCAAAUUGUUUACACAACUAAGGUAAUCAAAUCGGCCUCUAAAACCUCGUUCUUGAAUCCAUCAAAUCAUCUGGGGACUUGGAGCCAUAUUCGUCCCUCUCCCAAGCAAUACCCGAAGCUGCCGAAAUGGAGGACCUGAACAAAGCCAUAAAUUUAACCCCUAUAAUCGACCAUCACGCCCAUCCUCUUCUCAUUCCCCCAGCACUGUCCAAAUAUCCUCUUCUGGCUAUCACCACAGAAGCCCAUGGCGAUGCUAUGAGGACAACAACUUCGACGCUGUCACAUAUUCGAGCUGUAAAACAGCUUUCAGAGGUCCUGGGGUGCCCACCAACAUGGGAUGCUGUGCAAAAGGCCAUCGACAUUGAGAACGCGAAGCCGCAUCAUGCGUGGCAAAAAAGAUGCUUAGCUGGAAUCGAAACCAUUCUCGUCGACGACGGACUAGAUGGGAAGGACGAAGUGUAUGACUAUGCGUGGCAUGAUAAACUCACACGUAGUGAGUGCAAGAAAAUUGUGAGAAUCGAGAAGGUUGCGGAAGAAAUUAUAAAUGAACUGUUCAGAAACCCCGACCUCGCUCCUGAGGAUGUAUUUGGCGGCUUACGCGAAGCAUUCGAAAUGGUCAUCAAGGAUGCUCUUGCCGAUUCUGAGGUGGUUGGGUUCAAAUCGGUGAUAUGCUAUCGAACUGGACUUGCUAUCCCAGCACACAUGUCUGUCGCCGACAUCGAAGAUACUUUCGUGGAUCACAUCACUCAGCUGAGAGAAGAUGGUGCCACUCACUUUACGAGAAUCGAUAAUUUGCCACUAAAUUUCUACCUUGUCAAUAAAACCGCACAACUCAUAGCCAAGUCUCCUGGCCCCUACAAGAAGCCAUUCCAGUUCCAUACCGGACUCGGCGACAACGACAUUACGCUGACAACAUCAUCUCCGUCUCACCUCCAGGAGUUCAUCCGAAAGUUCCCUACUGUGCCAAUUGUCCUCCUACAUGCCAGCUACCCAUGGACGAAAGAAGCUGGGUAUCUCGCCAGCGUGUAUGAUAAUGUGUACGCCGAUAUUGGUGAAGUAUUCCCUUUUUUGAGCAAGGAAGGCCAAGAGAAUGCUGUUCGAGAGAUACUCGAACUCUGUCCGACCGAGAAGAUCAUGUGGAGUACUGAUGGCCACUGGUUUCCCGAGACUUACCUACUUGCAAUCAUUCAAGUUCGGGAAGCCUUGCAAGUGGUGUUCUCGGACUAUGUUCGUGAUAAUGUCCUCACUGUUCCUCAAGCUAUUAGAGCAGUGCAAGAUAUUCUGUUCACUACGUCAAACGACCUCUACGGCCUAGGACUCAGACUCGCACCCCGCGAAGUUCCGACUUCGAUAUCCACCACAUCCACGACCACACUGCCAGUCAGAACCCUGCAACCUCCCAGCUCCGAACUCGACUCCCUCGUCUCGUUUCUGGAAGUCAAUCCGUCAAUCAAGUUUCUUCGCUUACAAUGGCUCGACUAUACAUCUAUCCUACGCCUCAGGGUCAUACCUGUGAAACGUGCACUGGCUAUGCUCAAGUCCAACACACACCUGCAAAUAGGUAUUACCACAGCCGCGCUAGGUCUCCUUCAAAACGACACCCUCAUCUCAGGAGUAAUGCCGACCGGUGAACACAAAUUGCAAGCCAUUAUGCCCACGCUCAAGACCGGUCCUUCUGUCGGCUAUGCCUCGAUUCAAGGAGAAUUCAUCCAGAAGGACGGAUCACACGUUACAUUGUGCCCACGGUCCUUGCUCAGACGCACACUUGAGACCUCUAAAGCCUUUGAUCUCGAAUUUCUGAUUGGUUUCGAGAUCGAGGUCGUGUUCAUGUCGCGAUCUCAUGGAGACGGUACACUCUCGACCCUCUACAACUCCGCGGGUCAUUCCUGGAGCUCCAGCCGCGCAAUGCACGACAAAAAAAUUGCGGAUGUUCUGGAGGAAAUUUAUGAGAGUCUCGGAGAAUCCGCCAUCUUCGUUGAGCAAUUCCACCCCGAAUCGUGCUACGGCCAGUACGAAUUCAUCCUUCCCGCUUUGCCGGCAAUGGAAGCAGCCGAUACACUCAUCCACGCUCGGGAGAUAAUCAGCACUGUCGCGGCAAAUCAUGGACUGCGAGCAACGCUGUACCCGAAGCCAUUUCCUCAUAUGGCCGGCACCGCCUCGCACAUGCAUAUCUCGAUUUCCUCAGCCGGUGGAAAUGGAAAGGAAGUCUACGAGCCAUUCUACGCAGGCGUCUUGAAGCAUCUUCCUGCCAUUAUAGCAUUCACGUAUAGCAACCCCGCCAGUUACAGUCGCAUGGCUGACGGGUGUUGGGCCGGCGGCACCUGGGUAGCGUGGGGGACCCAGAACCGUGAAACUGCUCUCCGUAAAGUCGACGACAGCCAUUUCGAGAUCAAAGUUCUUGACGGACUUGCGAACAUCUACUUCGCGAUGGCGGCUAUCAUUAUAGCUGGCACAAAUGGCGUGAAAAGAAGGGAGAAGUUAAUGUUGAGUGACUGCCUAGAGGAUCCAGCAAGCCUGACGGACGAGGAGAGGGAGGGGCAUGGUAUUAGGACGAGCUUGCCGAAAGAUUUACCCACUGCCCUUGGAACACUUGAGAGCGAUGAGGAACUGAUUGAUUUGCUGGGCAAGGAUUUCGUCGACCGAUAUGUGGCUUCUAAGCGGAGUGAGCUGGGAAUGUUUAGCGGGAUGGAAGAGGCGGAGUUAAAGUUAUGGACUAUCGAGCGGUACUGAGAGCACAGAAGAGGGCAUAAUUUCACGUAGAACAAGGUUUCGUAUAUUUGUUUGGGAGCUUGGCGUUCGGUUAGCUGUACUGUAGCGUGCUUCGCUUAUUCUCCUCUACGAGUGAUGAGAACCUCGAAAUCAUUGCCUCGUCUGACUCCUCGUCGAAACCCGACCAGAUUGGUCCACGCUUCCAAAUGAUAUCCAACAUUCCCUAUCGAGCUUUCAGUGUAUCGAAACCAUCCCACGUCCUCAAUGCCUCCCUCGCAGUCCGUUCAUACAAAUCCACACCCCCAAUGUAAACAAGCUGCUCUCUAACUUUCCCCGGGAUGUUCGCCCCCAUAUACCAACUAUUCGCCAGCGGGUAUAGUGUCUUCUCGUUCAUAUUCUGAAUAUCCUGCCUCCACUUCUUCGCCGCCUCCCACCUCGGCGUCACAGCCACCACACCGUCCUCUCUCAUCUUGCUUAUCGCCUCCGCGAUCCAGUCAACCUGAAUCUCAAUGAUCGGAGGGCCGUUAGACAACGCUGUCGGUGCUUGCGGACUAUAAACCAUAAAAACAUUUGGCAUAUCCGGGAUCAUAAGACCAAGGUACGUGUACACGCCAUCCUUCCACUUCUGCUGCAACUCCACACCCCUCGCAUCCCUGAUUUUCAGAUCCAUCAAACUACCCGUCAUGCUAUCAUAACCCGUCGCCAGGAUAACGAUAUCGUGUUCCCUCUUCACACCAUCAUUCUUCACUAUCCCGCUCUCAUCGAACCUCUCCACACCAGCCUGAUUUAGAUCCAGCAGCGUGACAUUUUCCCGAUCAAUUGCUUCGUAGUAAUCCUGCUCCAGACUCGGCCGUUUCGUCCCGAUCCACUGCUUCUGCUGCACGGGAGCAAGGAUAUCCGCUUUCUUCUUGUCCGAGAUCCUCUCCCUCGUUUUACGAACCCAGAAUGCAUACAUCAGCAUAUUUGCUUCUUUGUCCAUCAAGAACUCGCGAUAAUUGCUAAUGAGGAAGGAGAAACCCCCUCGUCCCCAGAGCUCCUCCCAGUAAGCCUCUCGCUGCUCUUGACUUGCGUCCCAGAAAGAAGUCGCAGGUGAGUUGUAAGGGAAACCAGACCGGUGCUGUUUUGCGACGUUGAAGAGCGAUUCAUAGAAUUGCUUCGUGUUCUCUUGCUCUUGAGCUGAUAGGGGUCGUUGAUGCAUGGGCAAUGCGAUAUUGGGCGUGCGUACGUACACGCUGAGAUCGCAAUCUGUCUUGGCGAGCUCUUGGACGAUCUGAACGCCGGUAGCUCCAUUGCCUAUGACUGCAACCCUUUUCCCC